UCCCAUGGUGCAGCGCGCGGCCCCAGUCAGACUCGGUUGAGUGUUGGCUGCGCUCGGCUCGGGCCGGCUCUGGUCGUGCGGUGCGGGCUCGCUUCAGGCAGUGACACCCAGCCGGAGAGACUGAGGCGCACACCGGACACACCGAGUCACCCGGCUGUGUCGCGACGGAAUAUGACGGUUCCUACCGGCCUUGCUGCAGCCGCCUCUCUUCGCAGCUACUUCCUCAGACUCUGCGCCUGUUGUUAGCGGGCCUCCCUCCCCCAACUCCCCGUCCCUUUCCUUUCCCUCUUCCCCCCCACCUACUCCUCCCCCCAUCCCCUCCACCGCCACGCCGCCGCCGUCGCACCGCCGCCAAAUGACACCCACCCCGCAGCAGAUCAAGGACCAGCUGCUCCAGGCCAUAGACAAGGAUGCCAAUAUCCGUAACAUGGUGGCGGUGCUGGAUGUGAUCUCCAGUUUGGAGAAGUAUCCCAUUACCAAAGAGGCCCUCGAGGAAACGAGGCUGGGGAAACUCAUCAAUGAUGUACGGAAGAAAACCAAGAAUGAGGAGCUUGCAAAGCGUGCCAAGAAACUGCUAAGGAGCUGGCAGAAGUUGCUGGUUGAGCCUGUUGGGCAGAUUGAGUCUGUGCCCAGAGCACUGUCCAACUCUCCUGGUUCAGCGAAUGGGGGAGCGCAUGCUUACAAGCAUGACUUGCCAUCUCUAGCCACCAGCACUGCAGUAGGGGGAGCCAAGCCAGUCCCAGAUCUGAAAAAUAAGAAUGAUGUGCACAACUCCUACUCUCUCUUUGGUGACAAGCAGGGUAUUCGGAAGCGGAAAGGGGAUGGCAUGAAGGGGCCACCAUCCAAAGUCCCAAAGCCCAAUAAUGAACAGCUGCAGAACUCUACACCGCCACCAAGCAAUGGAAUCCGCAGCAGUCCUGAAAACUUCCCAAGUCCACCUGACGUGACAUCUUCAAACACCCAUGCUGUCCCAGAUAAAAGCAGAUCAGACCCUCAGGCACCUUAUGAAAAUGACAAGCAUAGCAAGAUACCAGUCAAUGCUGUGAAACCACAUACCAGUUCUCCAGGUCUCGUAAGAAACCCUGGCACUUCCACAUUGCUAAAGACUGCUAUUCUGCAGCAGCAUGGAAAAACUGAUGAUCCUGUGGGACGAUAUCGGCCCAGUAGCCCGCGCUGUCAAUCAUUUAGCCCAAGGACUCUUAAACAGGAAAUGCUAGCCAAACCUUCCACGACAUAUGCACCCAAGGGCUCUAUUGCUAGCCCUUCUCAGAGCUUUACAGGAACGUCGGCUCAAGUAGGUACUGAUUCUGACAGGACAGUGUCCCACCUGCCCAAGAAAAAUGUUCAGAUGUCAUCUCCUGUAUUGCAGACAGCUACAACACCACCUCUGCCAUCCCAGGUAAAAAGCUUACACCUACCAGAGACUGAAAGCCUCUUAGAUCGGCUAGUAGACACACCUGGUUCGGAGACUCUUGGUGAAAACCAACUACAGCACCAUUCUUCACCACAGCAGCAGGACUCGGUGUACCCCUCGCAUAGCCCCAAUUCAUCAACUUUACAUCGCGGAGAAUCCUCGCAGAAUCUUGAAUUGGAUGCUGUUAUGGGAGAUUUGCCCUCCAAUGAGUGUGCCUCUUUUGGUCACGAUAACAAAAAGUCAUCCAAGAAAAAGUACAGGCCCAGAGACUAUCAGGUGAACUUAGAUGGACAAGUUAUGGAUGAAAGUGUAAAACCUGUACGGUUGAAAGAACGUAGAAUUACAUUUGAUCCUGCUACAGGACAGAUCAAACCUUUAACACACAAGGAUUCAUCUCAGGCUGAAAGCUCGGUUCCAACUGAGCCCCAUCGAACCACCGAAGUGGUCCAAGAACAGAGAGUAAACUUGCAAAGUACUUUAGAUCAAACGAACUGGAAGGAAUUAUCAAAAAAUGAAAUUAUUCAGUCUUACUUAUCGAGACAGAGCUGCCUUCUUUCAUCCUCAGGAGUGCAGCCUCCCGGAGGACACAUUGUUGAAUUUCUACAGCACGAAAGCCACAGGUAUAGCACUAGCACAGAGGCCCGUGAGGUCCACGUAUUGGUACCUACAGACUCACCUUCAGAACUUCCUGGAGUCAGUAGAGAGAUCAAAGACUCAGACGUUCACCGAAUACACGAGCAACACUGGGCUGGUGUGAAUGGUUGCUGGGACAACCAGGGCAAAUGGUAUGAUUGGACGCAGGGCAUAUCUUUGGACCCUCAUGGUGAUCAGGGACAACUGCAUAUACUGCCGUAUGUCUGUCUGGACUGAGCGUUACUGCCCAUUUGGCUUGCUUUAAGGUUUAAGGUCAUCUGGUGGCAAACAAGUGGUUCCCACUUACUGGAAAUGAGCAACUGUAUCAGGGUUGCAAGAUAAGGUCCUGAAGGUUCUAAUUCUCAGCCCAUCUGUGUAAGACCCCCUGCCCCCACCCAACCCCAGUACCCUCUCUUCUGCAGUUUGCUGCUAUCAGUGUUUAACCAAAAUUGCAAAGGAGGGAAAGAAGCACAGGAGGAGUUUGAGAAAGAAAAAGGAAAGAAUGGUUAGUUCUGAUGUAUAAGCAACUCCCCUUUGGGAUUAGGACAGGUUUUAAUGAGAGGUCAACAAGCUCAGUGAGGAACGGUUUUCUGUGGGAGAAAGUUGAGGCUUGACAAAGGUUCCAGCACUUUACAGUAGGCUGGAUAUGGUCUUGGGGCAGUUACAGGAGCUUUAAGUGGCAUCCAAACUAAAUGAAUAAUGUUACCUUAAAAAGUAUACAUCUAUUUAUUUUAUUUUCUCUUUUUAAAAACAGAACACUUUAAUUUGGCAGUGAGACAAAUGUGCAAAAACUGUAGAUUUCUCGUAUUUACAUUGCAUUUUUUUCAACAUAAUUUUUUAACGUGAAAAAUCAUGUCAGACUGUGAAUGUUUGCACAGUACCACGUCAUACCAAACAUUCCAUAGGUCUUCACAUGCUGGUAGUUACUGUCAUCCUCUGUUUAAACAGGGGAUAAAAUCCUUGGUUCUUCAUAAUUUAGGUUUAAAAAUGUUUGAAAAGAAAUCUAUUUUACUAAGUCAAAAAUGAGAGUUUUUUUAUUCUUGCCACCUUACAAAAUUCAAACAUUAACUAUAUAAUUUUGUUCUCUGCUUUGCUCUUCUCUUGCUUGAUCUCUACAAAUGUUCUUACUUCCCCAAAUCUCAAAAGUGGACAAAAAAAGAGGGUGCUACUAGUUUGCAACUUUGUACUGUGAGAAGUUGAUUUAAAAAUCAAAAAAUUUCAAAAGGAAUCUGUUUGUAUGCUGGAGAUAUACUUGUUACCAUUCCUUUAGAUAUUGUUUGCCUUAUGGAAUCCAUCAUACCACAACUGCAAAACAAGAAGCCUUAGUGAAUGUACAGAAAUUAGACUUCUGUGUUCUGCACAAUACAGAAGGAAUGACUUUGCUAUUUGGUCCUUUUAAGUGGACACGUUGUGAUAUAAAUGUGGAAACAAUAAAAAAAAAUUUGCACAGAAAUCUGCCCCCUUUUAUUUAGAAAAUGACUUCGCUGAUGAAAUUAUACUUGCAAAAAUUACCUCUCAAACAGUAAACAGAUGAUCAAUGUUGUGUUUAAUUCUGAAGUGGAUUCUUCCAAUGGUUUGUUUUUCACAUGUAAUUAGCCAUGGACAUGAGCAUGCUAAGUUAAUUUUGUUGUGACAUUGUUGAUCUGAAGUUUAGUUACAUUGCUCUUGUUCCUGUUUCAACCUCAAAUUAAAAUGUGUCAUUCCUCAUGCUUUAGUGAAGCCUGGGCGGUGCUGAACAAUAAUUUGGGAAAAUCCUGGAUUCCAUCCAUUGUACUUGAAUGAAAUGUCACUGGUGGUGUAUGCAACCAGAGCUAGGUGGGGAAUCUAUUGAGCAAGUCAUCCAGUUAUUCCUGCUGAAAGUUUUUACUUCCAAUUAUAAAGCCAUCUUGAGUGAAACCUAAUGGGGCACCAGAGACCUCCUGCCCUAAUGUGAUCUAGUGCCUUCAAUUUUAGUAGGGGAAAUGGUCAAGACAGUUUAAGUCUGUUCAUCUCCCACUGAUAUUCUAACUUUCUGUCUUUGGCUUCCAUGCUUUUUCUCUUUGUUUCCAGCCCUGUUACUGUCAUCUGUCUUUUUGAAAACUUUAUAAAAUCGAUUUUCACAACUGUUGGCAUUUUCCACUGGGGUGUAGAAUAUGUAAGAAGGGAAGAAAGAAUUCUUCAAAAACAGAGCAGCUACAAUGGAAUUUCUGAAUAUGUUGGCAUUAAGUCGUAUUAGAGCUCAAUUAUGUCCAUCUGUUUUUUGCCAUGGGAGAUCCCAUUGGUGAAUAUGGCUCAUUGCAUCUUUGUGAGGAAACAGAAUGAUACAGAGCAGCCUAUUCCAACACAGCAGUGUCAUUUUACUGUAAAUUGGUAUUUCUCCAUUUAAAGGUUGAAUCUCAAUAUUAAGAUCCCCUCCCCACCAACCCCCCACCCCAAAAAAAAGGACAUAAAUCUUAAUACUUCUGUGGUUCCUCCACCUCCUUUAAUGAGUGGUUUUGUGCAGCUUUUACUUGAGAUUGGAGAUGGACGAUGUUACUGGUUGACGAGCUGGCUUUUGUCCAAAAUGGAGUGAAUAUCAAAAGACCACUAAAACAGGUAGUAGAGAAAUAAACAUUAUUGUUACAAUUAUUUUCUUGGUGAGUAUUGAUGUUGAUGUUAGUAAUAAAGAUUUAGGGGAGUAAUGAAUUAACAAAUUUACGUGCCACACAAGGAGAUUAUUUUAGCCGUAAUCCCUAAACCAUUUUUUGAAAGAGCCACCCAAUUUGUCUGUCUUAGGUUUAUUGAUAGUUAAUGCUACAUUUCACUUUCAGACAAGUAAUUCUGUACUUUUAAAGUACCACAUCUCAAAUUACCUUAAAUCUGCUCUAUGGUUACCAACCCUCCUUGUAAACAGUUUCUCCCAAUCAAAAACUUCUCUUUUUUUUAAAAAAAACCUUUAUUAAAUCUCCUCGCUUUUUAUUUAGAGAAACCAGUUCUCGUCUGUCUAUGCAUCUCAAGUCUAGUUCUUGGUACCAUUCUAGCAAGAUGUAUUGUAACCUCUCUUAACCAUUCUGCUAUCUGAACUUCGGUUGAUCAAUUUUAAGGAGAAAUUGUUGUGCAAACUGGUUUUGUAGUCUCUGGAGUUCAGAUGGUUUAGGAUGAUUUGAUAUGUUCAAGAUUUUAAGGGAAACAUAGGGCAAAUGCAGAGGAUCUACCAUUUGAGGUAUCAUUUUGUAAAUGAAAGGUGUUAAUUGGUGAAGGACAAUAAUUGUGGAGCUGGGUCACAGAUCUAUAAUCUCACAGAAUAGUCUCUAUGAUCUAAAUGGUCUACCCCCUGUUCCUGAAUUUCUCAAAUUCUUGCCUCUUCAAAUUCUUGAUAUGCAAGAUAGAUUUUGUCCAGAAGAACUUGAGGGUAUUUAAAUUCGACGUCAUUUUCUCUCGCCUGCCUUCCAUCCAGUACGAUUUCUCUGCAUCUUAAAAUAAAUUUAGGUCUGACCUUUAUGUUUCUAAUAAAAGAUAAUUAACCUGAAAUGUUAACACUGAUUCUUUCUCUGCAGAUGCUGCCUGACCUACUAUUUGAAGCAUUUUCUGUUUUUCCUUCAGCAUUUGCUGUAAUAUUUUUAAAUUUAGGAAUCAGCUACUUAAACAAUAUUAAUGAUUCCAGCCUCUGCCUGACUGACUUUUUUUAUAGCUAAGUAAACUUCUUUCUGGAAAUAAAUGUUAAGUCCUUAAAGCAAGCUUUUCAAAUGGAGGUUAUAUGAUCAAAUUGUUGCUUGGCAGAGUUCUAGAUUUCAGUAUUCACCUUAGGCCGAAACAAAAUCAAAAUGCUGAAAUCUUAAAAAAAAAUCUGGAAGAAAAGCAAAAAAUGCUGGAAAUACUCAGCAAGUCGGGCAGCAUUUGUGGAAAAAGAAACAGCUGAAGUUUCAUGUCAAAGACCCUUUAUCAGACCUAAAAUGUUAAUUAUGUUUCUUUCCACAGCUUCUGCAGAGCGCUUUGAGCAUUUUCUGUUUUUCCUUCAGAUUUCCAGCUUUUGCAUUUUAUUUCCAUUCAGAACAGGCUACCAUGCCCUCCCAUGCAGUCUUUGGAGACAUUAGAGAGAAGUCAAGAAAAGUUGGCACCUAGUCAGUGUCCCACAGGACUUGUACAGUCAAGAUUAAGAAAGCCACUCUUGAUAGUCAUGGUCCAAGAAAGAAUGAAGUUAGCUUUGAAAAUUAUUCCAGGGAAUUCAUUUAAGAAUUGGAGGAAAAAUUGAAAAAUGACUGGUAAUUUUGCAGUAAGUGUGCAUUUUUAAAAAAAUUUUAUUUACAGCGUGGUAACAGGCCCUUCUGGCCCAAUGAGUCCGCGCCGCCCAUUUAAACCCAAAUUAACCUACCUGUACGUCUUUGCAGGUCUUUAAAGAUGUUCUUUAUUAAAGUUGUUCAAGCGUUUGCACUGUGUAUCAUCCUUCACAGCUAAGUGAUUAACUCCUAGAUUUCCUUGGUGUCAUGUUACAAAAACAAUUUAGAGACAGUUGACAAGGUACAAAAAAUCUUCCUAAAUGUGGUUAUAACAAUAGGGGGAGAAAAACAAGAUUAUCAUUAUAAUCCCAGUUGUUUUAGAAACAAAGAGUAAUGUCUUUAAAGUUAUGAAAGUUUGAUAAAGGUAAAUGUAGUUUAUUCUUAAGAGAAUUUUUAAUUACGGGUCAUAAGCAUAACGUGAUCACUAAUAAAUGCAACAAGGAGUUCAGGAGAUAAUUCUUCUAGAAAGUGCUUAGAAUGUGGAACCACAUGGAGUAGUUGAGGUGCUUAUGCAAUUAAGUUGAAGAUAGGUAAGUACCUUAUAGAGAAGAAAAUAAAAGGAUGUGAUGUUGGUUUUAAAUGAAGGAAAGAGAGAACACCCCGCUAGUUGAACUGAGUGCCUAGUUCUGUGUUGUAAAUUCUCUACAAGGACUCCAAAGAUGGUUUCCAGUAUAAACUAGAAAUUUGUUUGGUAUUAUUUGAUUUUCUACCUAGUGCUAUCCGAUGUUUUUUCACAGCAGCAAUCUAUUAAAAUGCCAUUAUGGAUUUCAAUCUGCCCAAAGGGUAGGAAAACAAAAUAGCAAGGCUGUUCUGGCCCCAUUUCCAUUUCAAGGAAUCCCUGUUUGGGGAUCAUGAAUACAAUAAAACACUGUCAGGUCUUUUAACUCCUUUGAUGCUGUGAGGUACAAGACCACCUGUAAUAGAAGAGCCCUUUGGAGACCAUCUAAAUGGGCAUGUUUGUAAAUUCAGUGAAGGUAUAUGGUUAGUUUUGUAACUCUACAAAAUUUGGUCUGAGGUUUUUGGGUUGUUUCAUGAAAUGAUCUUUUUGAUGAGCAGAAUUCCUGUACAUUGUUUUUAUUGUUAGCUCAACUCCCUUCAGGAUAUUUAAACAAGUAUGGCAUCAGAGAUGGAGCUUGUUGAUGUCUUACAACCACAUGUCAGAUCAGAAAUGACAAAACAUAUUGUUCUAGUUCUCCCUCCUGCCAGAGUUACUGUGGCCAAACACAGACUGAAAUCAAACCUGUAAGCUUCUGGUCAAUUGCCCAGCCUGAGGUGCAUUUACACUAAGAGCUUUGAUAUUAGAGGAAGUCAAAUAAAUAUUUCUGCCCAUUAAUGCCGAGCUGAACUUCAGGGAAGAAUAAUUUGCAUUUAUAAUGGUCCCUCUCAGGAUGUCCAAAAGCAUUUUACAGCCUUAAAAAUAUUUGUAAAGUUUAGUUACUGCUGUAAUAUAGUGAAGACAAUAUGGCUGAGAUCUGAAAUUUACUAUGUGAGAUAUGGUCAAUACACUGUUUUACCUUUUUGUAUG